AUGUCGGAUGACGAUUCGAGAGCCAGCACCAGCUCCUCCUCAUCUUCGUCCUCCAAUCAGCAAACCGAGAAAGAAACAAACACCCCCAAGAAGAAGGAGAGUAAAGUCAGCCUGAGCAAAAACUCCAGACUCCUCUCUACCAGUGCCAAGAGGAUUCAGAAGGAACUGGCAGACAUCACUUUAGACCCUCCACCUAACUGCAGUGCUGGUCCCAAAGGUGAUAACGUCUAUGAAUGGAGAUCAACCAUUCUGGGGCCUCCAGGAUCCGUGUAUGAGGGUGGUAUAUUCUUCCUUGAUAUCACUUUUACACCAGAAUACCCCCUCAAGCCUCCAAAGGUUACAUUUCAGACAAGAAUCUAUCACUGUAAUAUUAACAGUCAAGGAGUUAUUUGCUUGGACAUAUUAAAAGAUAACUGGAGUCCGGCACUAACCAUUUCUAAAGUUCUUUCUGUCUGCUUCCUUCUUACAGACUGUAAUCCUGCUGACACUUUGGUGGGAAGUAUUGCCACUCAGUAUAUGACCAACAGAGCAGAACAUGACAGAAUGGCCAGACAGUGGACCAAGAGAUACACUACAUAAAUUGGGUUUCCACAAUUCUUAUUUGUCUGUCACAGAGAGAGCUACUUAUGAUUUUGAAGGGCUGGGGGAGGGUGGGAGUUGGUAAAGAGUAGGGUAUUUCUAUAACAUAUUAUUCAGUCUAAUUUCCUAAGAUUUUGUUGUAACUUAAGGUAUCUUGCUACAGUAGACAGAAUUGGUAAUGACAACUUUUUAAAACUGUCAUUAGUUUUGCAAUAUUAGCUGAAAUGUAGUACAGAGAGUAGACAUUAGGGUUCACUUGCUUAUAGUCUGUAAAUUUAAAAUAGCUUAAUUUUGUACAGGUUACACCCAUGGCCAUUUAUGUAAAGUCCUUCCAAGGCUACACAUUUUUUUGUUGUUCAAAACAAUUGGAAUUUGUUUUCCCUUCUUGGGAGGGAACAUUGAUAUUUAAUGGUUUUUAGAGACUGUCAUCUCAUACAUAUAAAAUGGAUACGUGGCUAUAAGACACCAUAUAGGAAAUGAGUAGUUAUGUAUUUUAUUUUAUAUGCCAAUCUACUUUAUUGUGACAAGAUAAGAGGUUUAAAUCACAACUUGUGAAAACCUGUAGUAAAAUACCUUAAGCUGUUAACUGUAAGGUGUGGAAUAGGAGUUGCUCAGUGGAUUGGUUAUAUAUGUUGUGGACUACUUACGUCUGCAUUUGUUCCUGUGCUAAUAAACAACAUUAAAA